AUAGUUUUGAAAAAGGAGAGUUAUUUCAAAAUGGCUAAUCGGACUGUGAAGGAUGCUCAUUCAGUUAAAGGAACUAAUCCACAGUAUUUAGUAGAGAAAAUUAUACGAACUAGGAUUUAUGAAAGUCGUUAUUGGAAAGAAGAAUGUUUUGCAUUAACUGCGGAACUGAUGGUUGACAAAGCAAUGGAACUGAAGUAUAUUGGUGGAGUUUAUGGUGGAAACAUUAAGCCAACACCGUUUUUAUGUUUAGUAUUGAAAAUGUUACAGAUUCAACCUGAGAAAGAUAUUGUUGUUGAAUUCAUCAGAAAUGAAGAUUUCAAGUAAGUAAAAACAAGCAGUUUCUGUUGGUGGACAACAAUGAGCCUAUAAAGAGGCCUAAAUGUUGUGGCUCAGAUCUACUAAUCUUGCAUUGGAUAAGUUAAUCCUUGAUUAACUAUUCUUGUAAAAAAGUGAUGUCACAUAUGGAACAUUUCUGAUCAUGUCUGGUCUAUCAAAGUUUGCCUAAAGAUAAAAGCAACUACUAUUACUAUUGUGGGGCCAACAAGGAAAUCUCUACAUGAUUGAUCAAUCUGCUAGAAAUAACUGCUAAGUCCCCAUCAAGUCACAUCCUGUAGGGCUGACCUGAAGGUGAAAAAAACUAUUAUCUUUCUCCAACAAUGGGUUCUGCAUUAGUCAUUGUUUGAUCUUUUUCAUUUUUUUCCCCAUCAUAUAAUUAUUUCUGGUUAUCUUAAUUCUUUUUUUCUUUCUCAAAUCACACUGUAUCAUCUUAAAGUGGAAAGGACACACUGGAUAAAAUAGUCCUCAGUAGUCUGUCUAAAAGUCAAGGUUGGUACCUAUAAUCAGAUCUGGCUCAAGAGUCAGAUGAGAAUUUUGUCAAAAAUUAACAUAGUUAUGUCCCCUUAUCUUCUUGCCUAAUAAAUUAAUGAG